AUGGCGAAGAGGUUGGAAGAGGUAGCUGGUGUGCCAACCAACCAACCACCAACUAAUGAACAAGAACCAAUCAUCGCAACGGCAUCCCAUAAUCAACAAACAACGCGUUGCAGCUCGAACAGCUGCAGCAAUCAUCAAAACACACACAGGCGUAUAAUCGCACAUACGGUGCACCAACAGCAACAACAACACGCGCAACCACUAAUUGGUCGCGGCGGACUUCGCCAACCCAGCUCACAAACACAAAUCUGUCGCGCUGUAGUGCGUUCCACAAAAACACCGGAAAAUCGUCACUCUGCACAACAGCUGCCCAAACGCGAGCGCUACUUCUAUCAAGUGAAUCCGCAGACGCGCUGCUACACCAUUUAUGAGCGUGUGCCAUAUUUUCGUUGGGAGCCACGCUUGAGCGGCGUCUACAACAGUCCCUAUCCACACUACAUACACUUGCCGCCGCAGCAGGGUGGCCAACCGGGCGAGCAGGGUAAGGAGCAACAUUUAUUGCCGCUGCCACCACUUAAGCCAGAACAGGCUCAGCUGUCGCAUUUGACUUCGCUGCUGGAGGAGGAAAAACACCAAAAACAUUUGCAACAGCAGGAAGGAUAUUCACAGCAGGCCUUUCAGCAGCAACAGCAAUUGCAACUACAACUACGGUUGGCACAUCACCAGCAGCAGCAGCAUCAGCUGCAACAUCAACAACUACAACACCAACAGCUGCAACAGCUACAACACCAACACUUUCAGCCACAACACCACCAGCAGCCACAAUUUCAAUAUUCGCCAGCGCCUGUCAUCAGCGCCGCUUCGCCAACUUCUUACGACGCUUACGAGUAUCAACAAUCGCCCGCGCAGUUGCCACAUUAUUCGCAGCCCGCCCAGCUGCAGCAACCGCAAAUAUUGUCGUCGUCGGCUUUGUCACCACAUCUGCCGCCAGCGUUAACCUCAUCCGUGUCGCCGUGUCCGCAAGAGUACAGUAGCGCGCCAGGUCCAGCUGGAAAUAUAUUUUACAACUGCAAGUGCCACGAAAGCUUCUUGCCAUACAAGCAGCUACCACCGAACUAA